AAAAAACGAAAGAUAGAGAGAGAAUAAACCAGAGCUACUCGAGAAGAAAUUUGGACAAUACUAAUUCUAUAAAGAAGAAGAAAAAAAGAAGGAAAAAAAAAGAAAAAAGCAGAGAUCUUUCUGAACGUUUUUAUUUUUUUGGUGUUAAUAAGCUUCUGAUUAACAUGGUGUUGGAUCGGAGCUUCUUCUCCAUGUCUUCUUCACUACUUUUCUCUUUAGUUUUAGUGGGAUUUAUUGCUUCUGCUUCAUCUUCCACUUUCAUUUCAGAUGGGAUUCUUGAUUUUCAUGGUUCUACUGGCCGCAGCCUUCUUCAGGCCAAGAAAGGUUGCUCUGUGAACUUUGAGUUUUUGAACUACACCAUUAUCACAAGCCAAUGCAAAGGACCGCAUUACCCCGCUGACCGUUGUUGUAAAGCAUUCAAGGAUUUUGCGUGCCCAUACGUGGAUGUGUUGAAUGACUUAACAAAUGAUUGUGCUUCAACUAUGUUCAGCUACAUCAACCUCUAUGGAAAAUACCCGCCCGGCCUCUUUGCCAGUGAGUGCCGCGAGGGGAAGCAAGGUCUUGCGUGCCCCGCGGUUUCACCAUCAGCGUCGUUAAACGAAAGUGGUUCUAAUGUCAUGGGUUACCCAUCUCCACUGCUCUUGCUAUCAGCUGCCCUCCUUGUUUUCUUAUUCCAGUUUUUUUAAGAAGAAAGCAUAGCCUUUUAUUUUUUGGUUUCCCCUACAAUCAUUUGUUGUUACUAACCACCUUGUGGGAAAUUUCAAAUUUUCAUUUGUUGGGUUGAUAUUAAAGCUUAUUACUAUUCCACUUGUAUGAUUCUAGUUUAUCUACCAAUUUAUGAUUUUGCUGGUUCAAAAGAGUAGGGGUUAGGCUUUUGUUGUAUCAAUUGUUGAAAUGGGUUUGUGUAUUACAUUGACAGCUAAAUACUCUAAAAGAUUCUUUUUUUAUCUUA